AUGCGUUUGACCGUCGAGCUCAUCCAGCAUUCCCUUUCCUACAUCAAUCCUCUUACAGACCGUGAGCUGGAUCUUAGAGGACACAAGAUCCCCGCAAUUGAGAACCUGGGUAUUGCCAAAGACCAAGAUGCCAUUGAUUUCACCGACAACGACCUCUCAUCGCUCGGAAACUUCCCUCUCUUCCCUCGCCUUCGCACACUCCUCCUGGCGCGCAACCGGAUCAGUCACAUCCAGCCAUCCUUAGGCACAUCAGUGCCAAAUCUGUCAACUCUGGUUCUCUCCUCCAAUAACCUAUCCGAGCUUGCGGAUCUCGAUUCGCUUCGAACUCUCACAAACUUGACACAUCUCACUCUGCUUGAUAACCCCGUCACACGCAAAGAGAACUACCGAUACUGGGUUAUCUGGUUGGUUCCCUCCGUUCGUUUCUUCGACUACCAGAAAGUGAAGGAUGCGGAGCGUGCCAAGGCAAAGGAGCUCUUCGGUACCUUUGAAGAGCAAUCCGCCCUCGCGUCGAAGAUCAAGGGCAUCAAGUCCAACACAUUCGAUGCCUCGAUAGCCGCAGCGACAAACAACACCUCAACCGACAAGGCCAUCCGGGUGAAGUUCACAGACGAGGAACGGAAGCGCGUGGAGAAGAUGAUUCGCGAGGCAAAGAGUAUGGCCGAGAUUACACGACUGGAGAAGGAGCUCAGCGAAGGACGGAUACCCGGUGGAGCACUGGGCGGAAGCGAAGAUGUGGAUGGGGACGAGCGGAUGCAAAUGUGA